AUGAAAUUUCUGCUAUUUCUUUUGCUUGGCCUUUUCGCCGGAGCGUCCGGCCUGGGAUAUGACCGUUCGGGGGAUAUAUGCAAUAUGAAGGAAGAUGGUGGACCAUGUAAAGCUCUCAUGAAAAGAUGGAGAUGGGACUUCGAGGUAGGGGACUGCGUAGAAUUUAAAUACGGCGGUUGCGAAGGCAACCAGAACAAGUUUGAAACAAAAGAGCAAUGCCUGGAGAGAUGUGGAGGAAACAAUAGAAAUGGAAAGAAGAAAGGAAAAAAAGGAAGGAAAAUCAGAAAGCCUAGAAGAAAAGAGAAAAAAGAGUAA